AUGGCCGCGUACUUCACUCGCUUCGAAGGCGAUUCUUGUACAUUCGAUCUUGACGGUCCCUCUGUGAUGACACUUCGAGUCAAAGCUCUCCAAGAGACACAGAAAGCCAUAGAGGAUCCAGAUCGGUGUGUCAGUCUUGGUGUCAUCGCGGCGAUAAUAUCCAGCAUACUUGAAGCAUAUGUCCGUGGUGAUACGGUCACAUGCAAAUUGCAUCUCGUUGGUCUACGCGCGAUAAUGACACAGCGCCAGCGCCUAUUAGGGGUGUCAUCGCUGUACAGCGAUUUCAAGAUCUGUGUACUGAUCACAACGUGCGAAAUUAUAUGUGCAAGAGCUUGUGGUAUCACACCUGAGUUCCCUUUUCGCCUAAGCUACUUUCAGACGACUGCAAGCUUCGGACCUCCUAGAAGUCCAUCAAGAUUCUCACAAUUGGUCAAUACGGCAUGGUCUCUCGAUCCUAGAAGGCACAAGAGCUCGAACUCGAUCUACAAUAGUAUAAUCUCGCGUCCUGAGCCUCAGAUGGACAACACGCCGGCCUGCUAUGAAUUGAUAUCAACAACAAUGUUUUCUAUGCUGUUCGGAUUCAAGCAAUGGUUAGUCUCGCACGAAUCAGCGGAUCCAAACCCUAUCUCCAAUCGGUUUGUAGAAUUGGUGACUAGCAGCAUGGAUGAGAUCUUACCAGAUGACGCGCCAGAUGCUUCAUCCACAACGCUACCGACCACGCGCCUUGACGAAUGUACCGGGCAGGAUAUACUAAAGCUAAUGAUUCUCGUGACUGGGAGUGGAACAUGA